AUGAAGGAAUGGAAAUUCACGCCGCUCUCCGGAAAGGCACUGGACCUCACCAGAGACAGGAACUUCGAAGAAACCAAAAAUUCAACCCCACAGGAAGCUCUUAACCUGAUCAAAGAAGUCAAAGAUCCCAGGGAAUGGACCAUCACGCCAGAGACAUUUGACCUCAUCAAAGACAUCAACAUCUCCUCCUCUGUCGUCGGCUUCCCGGAAGCCGAAGGCUAUGAUUACAGUAAAGGUAUUCAUCCCAUCAUCUGCGUCGAGACCAUACGUAUCCCACUCAAUAGCGGCGGCGUCACGCUCGAAGCCGUAGCUCCAUCACCCAAUCAACCAACCAAGCAACCAACCAAAAUACAGCUAGCUUCCCCCCUCUCCUCUCUUCUUUCUCGGUCAUACGACGCUGCAAUGCCCGUCGUCUCCUCUCCCGGCUACGGGACGGGGAUGCCGUACCUGGGACAGAAAUCCAAACGGUGGAUCCGUGCGCACGAUACGUAA